UCAAGAAGGUGGGACGUCCUCGUGUAAACAGCUAAGCUCAGUGCACACACAGCUCAGCACGAGGAUUGUUUUCCGUGCCUUGGAAUUAAACCUCACUAAAAGAUGUCUGCACCACCUCCGGUGAGCCCUAGAAAGCACUCAGGUGUCCGGGUCAUGAUGAUGCCAGGACAGCAUCCUCCUCCUGGUGGCCAGAGCAUCUACACACAUUCUGGCAAAGAGAAUGGUUCCAGUGAGGAGUCAAGUCAUACACCUCAACUGAAUGCGGAGAGAGAGGUGGAGAUUCUGAACCACUGCUUUGACGAUGUGGAGCGAUUCAUGGCGCGCUUACAACAGACAGCUGAGGCCCAGAGUGUUCUCAACCAGAAGAAGAAGAAGAAGAAAAGCGGAAAGGGCAAGCAGAAGGAGGACCAAAAUGAUGAUCUGCUGACCAUGAAAGCUUGCCCGCCAUCAGAGGAAGAAUUUGUGGACGUCUUUCAGAAAAUCAAGUACUCCCUCAGUCUGCUGGACCGUCUCAAGUCAUCCAUCACAGACCCUGAUGCACCAGAGCUGCUGCAUCCCAUCUUUGUGCCUCUCAGACUGAUGGUGAAAACCACUGGAGGGCCAGCAUUAGGCGCAUCCGUGGUCAGUCCUGCUAUGACCAGUGGUGCUGUUUCACUGCUCCACAAGCAUCUGACCGAAGAGGAAAAGGGGCUGUGGACUUCACUGGGGCCCAACUGGACUUCACCCUGCUCACACCUUGGCGUGUCCAUUCCUUCAUACUCACCUGCCUUCCUGGAUGGGUGGCAGCCUCAGGCCUAUGACUCAGCUGGCCAGCCUUUGGACGAUCCCAUCGAGUUGCAGCACAAACAAGAUGCUUUCAGGGAGAGUAGGGCGGCACAAACUCUACAGGACCAAGCUCAACAGACAUUGGAGGGUCCUGGUGACGGCACGGACGAGAUAGAUGGAAAUUCGCUCCCGCCUGAGGGUGAGAGACUUUACUGCUGCAGCUACGACUUUGUGGCUCGAAACAGCAGUGAACUCUCUGUGCUACAAGGAGAAACACUAGAGGUAAUUGAGUCAUCAAAGCGAUGGUGGAAGUGCCGGAAUCGUUUUGACCAGAUAGGAUUUGUUCCCUAUAAUAUCCUGGAGCCUCUGUCUGCUCUGAAUAACACUGGGAGAGACAGCCCAGUGGAACGCAGAGAGUCAAAGGUACGGACGGACGGACACAGACAGAGACACACACACACACACCAGUGCUUCAAACAUCACACACACUGUGGCUGUUUGUAUCUUCCUGCUAUUUUACAACAGAGGACAGCCAUCUCCCCUCGGACAAAGUACUUCUCAUAUGCUCCACCAAGCCCAGUCGGGACCAGCACUCCACCUAUUAGCCCCCUGCGACCAAAGAGCAUGGUUUUACCGUCUUCACCGAUGCAUGGAGAAGACAGUGACCGAGUCCUGAUAAUGAAUGAUGAGCUUCUUGAGCGGCUGGCUGGGAAAAGGGGCUCAGUCCGUCCAGUGGUGGUCCCCCGCACAGCUGACACUUCUGUUCCCCUGAACUACCACUCACCGUCUGCCGAGGUGGAGGCCUGGCUCACCACCAAGGGCUUCAACCAGCAGACAGUUCAGAGUCUGGGCAUUUUAACUGGAGCGCAGCUUUUUUCGCUGAAUAAGGAGGAACUCCGCAUCGUCUCACCAGAGGAAGGUUCAAGGGUUUACAGCCAAAUCAUGGUGCAGAAGGCCCUUCUCGAGGACGUGCGCAAAGCCACAGAACUGGAAACAGUGAUGGAGAAGCAAAAGAUGAAGAUCAACCUGAAAUAAGAGAGCGAUGUAGUGUGACGGAGCUUUCUAACAUCUACUGAUACAGAUGUGGCAUCAAAGAUUGAUGGAGACCCUGUAAAUGUAGUACAUACAGCUGGAUCCAGCUAUACAGCCAUACAACUGGAUUUAAAUCUUUAAUGCUGUUACAUCUCUGAUGUGCUACUGAUACAGACACAGAAAAGCAAACUGCAUGGAAGGUAACGCUCAAUCACUAAUACUAAUUGGCAUUUUUAUUUUUAUGUUUUUAAGACGUGAGGGGUUUUAAACUUUUAAUUUUCGUCAGAGUUUCAGAAAGUUAUUCUUACCAUUUGGUGUUCAUCGUAUGUUUUACAAUUUUGAAAUGUCUGUUAUCUUUUGUUAAGGCAACAUCUGAAACAUGACAAGAAACACAAAUGCAAUGCAAUAAACUUAAUCAUAUACUAAUUAUCAGUUUGGUGCGUUAACAACUAUGGCCUGAAUCUGACUUUUAGAGCUAUAAAAAAAAACUAAAUUCUGACAAAAACUGCAUAAAAUCUCUACAGGACGGUCAGAUGUUUGAUUGAUUCAGAGUUUUUAUUGUUUGCACAUGAAACUGUAUUAAGACAAUGUCGCUUGUUGCAGACAAAUGCUGUUUUAGACCAACCUUACAUAAACUUAUGACAUUAAUAUACAAUUUUAGUCCUGACUCCCUCUAUGAUGUUCUGUGGAGACUAAAAUAUUUCACUGUGACUUCAGCUGCAGAGCACAUCCUGACAUAACGCACAAUAUAGAAACAUAUGGGAUAUAUUCCUGUCAGUGUACUGGCUUGAAUAAAAGAUGUGCAUUUUUGUA